GGGAUUUUGUCGGUCGGUCAAACUUUCGAAUCGUGCGGCCAUUCUUUACUGUCGUCUUCUCAGACGUCUUUUUUCAUCGUAAUCCGUUUCGGUAUUAAAUAUGUCAGAGUUAUCUACCGCUAACGUUACUUCUGCUUCGAAGACGUAUGCGGCAUGUUUAGAUGAACUGUCUUUGGCGAGGUACAAGUUAAAACUGAGUUUCAUAAAAGGAAUUGAUCCGUACGGCGUCAGGGAGGAGGAGUUCUCAACUGACAAUCAAGGUUUGCCGAAUAUCACGUAUCCCGAUAUCGUGAAUUACCUCGUGAAUACUGCAGGUUCCUACAUAUUAAAAGAAAUGAAAGCUUAUAAAUCCCUCGAGUCCUACAAGUAUUUCGUCUGUGGAUGGGUGAAAGAUGUGCAACAUCGCUCGAUCAACGAUCAAGUUAUCAUCAUCGCGAAGAUGAGAAAUUCCCAGUCUUCGAAUGGCCUUCCUCUGAGGCCGUGGAUUAUUGCUCAGAAAGAUGGUGAAAUCUUGACCGCACACUGCACGUGUAAGACCGGAUUGGAUAAGACCUGCAGCCAUAUUGAGGCCCUGUUAUACGCCGUGGAAGCAGCAGUUCAAAUUCGCGAUUCCAAGACGAUGACCGAGGAAGCUGCGUACUGGCUGUUGCCCACAGCCGUGUCUAACGUGAAAUACAGCGAGGUCAGGAACAUUGACUUUCGAUCACGCCAGACCAUGAAAAGAAAGAUGAAUGUAGCAAGAACGGGAUCCCCAAGUGUCUCUCCUGAAUCUACACAGAAGCUUCCCAGUGUGUUGCCGCCGACGGAUGAAGAAUCUGACGCUUUCCUCGCCAAGUUAAAGGAGACGAAAGACAAUCCGGUUUUGUUGUCUGUGAUGCCGAGAUAUUCAGUUGAAUACGCACCCACCUCCCUCAAUCAGUCUUAUCCCCAAAUUUUGACUGAUCUCUACGAGGAGAAGUGUGCUCUCAUGCCCCGCCAUGAACUUGUCAAGCAUUGCGGUGCGAUUUUUGAGACCAUCCGUGUAACGGAAGAGCAAAGUAUUAACGUGCAGAUAACGACGCGUGCCCAGGCCAGUAUCAGAGAAUGGGUUCGUUUCAGGUCAGGAAGAAUCACAGCUUCGAAAGUGAAAGCCGUUUGUUCCACAUCGAUAGAAAACCCACCGCAGAGCCUCCUGUAUUCAAUUUGCUACCCUCAGAACAAGAAGUUGAGCAACCAAGCUACACGGCGGGGAUGUGACCACGAGGAGCUGGCGGUUCAGCGGUACUCCUUGCUGAUGGAAGAAAACCACGCCAAUUUUAAAUGUGAAAAAAGCGGCCUGGUGUUAAAUUACAAAUUGCCAUACAUGAGCGCUUACCCUGACGCGCUGGUGUCUUGUGAUUGUUGCGGUCUUGGUUUGUUAGAAGUCAAGUGCCCGUUCUGCAAAGGUGCGGAAAACCUUUCGGAAUCGGGUACCUCUUGCCUAGAACACGUUGACGGCAGAUUGAGACUGAGGAGAUCUCACACAUAUUAUUACCGGGUGCAGACCCAGUUAUUAGUGUGCGAGAGAGAGUUUGUAGAUUUUGUUCUGUGGACUGACGUGGACACCCACUUUGAGAGAAUUCAACCCGAUGAAGGCACGCAGAUGAUGAUUUCCGGCAAAUCCAAGGAGUUCUUCAAGCACGUGAUUUUGCCCGAGUUGGUCGGAAAGUUGUAUUCAAGACCGCAGCCGUCUGCUGUUGAUAACGUGGUUUUUAUGCAAGAUACCCCUGAAAACAUGCUGGAUAUUGCAGAGGUCACGUGUAUUGGUUAGCAACAGUUUCAGCCAGACGAUAAACGCGUGUUGCAAUAUCGUAAUCUCAACUGCACUAACAAAUGGAAACACCAGAAGUGUUUAAACCUGGAGCACGUGCCAAAAACCAUCAAAUGGUCGUGUGUAAAAUGUAGGAAAAAAUCCUGAAUUUAAGGAAGACAAACAGUAUCAAAAGGGACAUUUUUACGGCCAUUUCGUAAACACUACAUUUCUUCUGUGUUGUGUAUGCAAGGUAGUCUGUAUGUCUUUAAUGUAUUCUGAAUUUUCAUCCCAAGUUGUCCUGUUAUUGGUAAGAAACGUAAAAUUGCCAUAUCACUGGAUAUAUCAUAUAUAUUCAGCUGAAUGCUAUUUUCAGGUUUCUUCCAGCUUGUGAAAGGAUCUUUUUUUCCUGUUCAUUGUCUUGAAACUG